GCCCCCUUGUUCCCCGCUCCCCAGCGACAUCUAGUUACCUCUAUCAUCGUCAGCGGCUAUCCAACUAUCUGUUUACCUAUUUUCUGUCGUACGGAAUCCAUCCCGCGCCCUGUCUUCCCGACGCGGCAGCAACCGCGAGCGCCGGACACAGAAAUCAACACAUCUACGUCUCCUCCCACCUCCCCUCGGCGCCGUCUUCCUCCUCGCCCCCCCCCCUCCUUGCCACCCGCCUUCCUCUUCUUGCCCCCCCGCCUCUAGUAAAACCGGCUUCGCCAAGAUGGCCGUCACGCUGAUGAUCGGGUACCCGCGCGGGGCGCGCUUCGACGUCGAGUACUACCUGGGGACGCACCUGGCGCUGGCGGGGGACGCGUGGAAGCGGUUCGGGAUGGGCGCGUGGCGGGUGACGACCGCGGGGGCGUCGACGGAGGGGGACGGAGAGGAAGGCGAGGCCGCCAGCCCGUUCGCCGCACUCGUCGAGAUCGACUGGCCGUCGCGCGAGGCGCUGCGCCGCGCCCGCGCCGAGACGCCCCCCGAGCACGCCCGCCGCCUCGCCGACGACAUCGCGAACUACACCGACGCGGCCCCCGUCGUCUGGGUCAUGGAGCAGAGGGCUGGCGGCGCUUGACGUCUCGCUGGCUGGGGAGCUGGGGAGAGAAGAUAGGCAAUUCCUUGCUAGGCUAGGCUGUUAGACUAGAGGCGGCAUCGGCUGUCUAGUCGCGUCGGCAUCGAGGCUAGCUUAGCUAGCUGCGCACGGAGAGGAGAGGCCGACGGGCCG